UGUCACGCCACAAUGACAAAUGCCAUUUGAUUUUAGAUUGCAUUAUUUAUUAUUUAUAACGGUAUUAUUUAAAACAAGAAAUAUCAUUUCAAACUAAAAAAAAUAUAAACCUACGUAAUGUCUGUCAAUUAUGUUAUUAUACAUUACGGACCUUGUAACACAUUCCAUACAAUUGCUCACAAACCACAAAAAUUGAGGGGAUUGAAAGAUCGAUUACAGAAGCUCGGUUACCGAGUCGAUCUCAAGCCAGUUGAAUACAUUAACUACUGUAUGAUCAAAAUGUGUGGCCAUGAGGUCUUCCGCUGCAACAUCCAGAAUCUGUCAUUCAACGUGCCAUCAGAGCUGGAUCCAGUUUGCCAAAGUGCCGUGAAAGCUGUUCUCACUUCUACCGAGCUGCUGUCCAGGGCGUGCAAUUACCUCUACUUCAAGUCUCUGAUCGACGAUCAGAUAUUCAAGCGAGGGGAGUUCGCACCGAAGGAUUAUUAUCUGAGGGAACCGGUGGACAUAGAACCGUUUACCUCUUGCUUGGAUUGUGUCGGCUGUUGCGAUAUAUUAGUUCAGAAAAAGCCCGAAUAAAAUCAAUUUCAGACACAUCUCAAAGUUUUAAAUUAUACACGUUUUGAUAAAAUUGAAAAAUGGUAAUUUAACGUAUGGUCCUGAAAGGUAGACACUUCAUGUACAGUAGAAGCCACUAUACCAUAUACACGUGUACUAAGGAAUAAUUAAUUUGGCCUCGGAAAUGUUACAAAAAAUUUAGCUAAUUAAUCUUUCGUGCUGGUAUAAAUAAAUGGACUGAAUUCGUUGCUACUGUUUUUAUCUAAAUAAGAUUGGAAUCAUUCGGGUCAAUGCUAAUCGUUGGGCGCCAUUCACAUAGUAAAAAAAAUAUGAUGGUGAUUUUGAAACUAUUGCCUCACAAACACCUUCACAAUUUAAAACCAAAGGGAAGACCUUAUAGCAUGCCAGAUAUCACCUUAUUAAAAUAAAUGGGUUUACUCGACUUGAUGUUUCAAAUAUUUUCAUUUGUUCGAGAAAACUUUGCCUAGGUCUUCUUCGUUUUCAAUUUUCUUCUUCUAUAUAUUUUCUGUCAAAUCUAAUUAUCUAAACAUUUCUUCUUUCACUUGAUUGAUUAUAUCUACUGGCAUUUAAUUUUAUGUGAAGGCUUGCAUUCAUUCUAAUUUUAUAGAUUUUCUAAUUAUUGUAAUCCAUGGAGAUUUUCUGACUUUCCAGCUUUUGAUUGAUUCUAAAAGUAUGCGAGGAUAAUUAGAUCAUGAUUCCAACUUUUACUCGGUUUUCCUUAUUAAACCGCAAAAUUUCUUUUUCUUGUUUUACAGUUUCAACUGUCACUCUUUUAUCCUUUUCAGUCAAUUUUAUAAAGUCUGAAAAAUUUUCUUUAGAUUUAAACAUCUAGCUGUUAAGAGGUUAAAAAAAUAUAACCACUUUCAUUAACUUUAGUAGUCCUCUUUCUACUAAUAUUUUAAGCACGACAUCAAGGCUAAGUACUCACGGUGCGUUUUUCUCCCGCACCCCCUUAGACAUCCUGAAAUAAAUUUUGCUCUUUACAAUUAUUUUUUCCGAGGCAGAAAGUUUUAUGCACGACGUUUAGCCGUCCUGAGUCAAACGUUGUUCUUUGUAUAUUUUCUAUAUUAUGUGUGGAUGAAUAAGCUUUAUUUCUGCCCUAAAAUAGCAACGCCAGCAUUGUAAAUAAAAUAACAGUCACCACUGUCUGAAAAUAACUGUGGAAUGCCGGAUAUUGCAAUCCUGUCCCGUCACAGGGUACGCGUCGCAAGCGCAGGUGCGCGCAGCCAAGCUUCAGUGCGCGUCCGACACGCUAGCAGAACACACGUAUGCGUAAAAACUCGUACAUCCUGGACUACAAUCGAUAUUUAUCACGACAACAUUGAGAUUGGAGGAUAAUCAAGACUUUGAAGUGCCAAUAUUGUGAGGUGGUUUUAUGAAAAAAUAUUGACCGCAGUGUUUCAAAAUGAAGGUUUUAACGGUUGAAGAUAAAGUGGCAAGUGUAAGAGAUGAGAAUGAACCGACAGUUGCAAUUGAAUCACCCAAGCUCACCAAGGAGGAACUGAACAGAGGUUGUCCCCUCGGAGUAUCGCGUAUUACGAACUCGUUGUACGUGUGCGGUGCUCAUGCGCUCCCAGGCGCGGUGAAGGCUCUGCAGCCAGGGCUUGUGGUUAGCGCAGCACCUGAACUACCCCCGCCCCCAGAAGACUACGUUCCAAGAUACUUGGUGCCCCUAUUGGACACACCCAACUCUGACAUGCACCCGUAUAUGGAACUCGUUGCUGACCUGAUCAAUGAGGUGGUAAGCAAAGGAGAGGUGGUAUUAGUCCACUGCGUAGCGGGGGUGUCAAGAUCAGUCACGCUAUGCUUGGCUUAUCUGGUGAAAUGGCAGAAGAUGACGCUGCGUGACGCUUAUCACCACAUGAAACAGAGACGACCCCAAAUACGACCAAACACGGGAUUUUUCAAACAGUUGAUCAAAUACGAAGAACGGCUGUUCAGCGAAGCGUCUGUCAAGAUGGUCUACUGCGAGGCCAUAGACAAAGAAAUCCCAGAUGUAUACGAACCAGAUUACAGCGGUAUGACCUGGUUCAGGCAGCGAUAUGGUCCCAUUGAGAAAAGCUGAGUUAGCUGAUCUAGUGUAGCAUGGAUGAUAGAUGGAUGUGUAGUUAAUUUGUAGAAGUGAGAAAAUUAUUUAUAAAAUAUUACAGUGUGAAGAAGAUUAAUGGCUGCGUAUGAAAGACGAGCGCUAGAUGUUUGUAAAUAUUUUGAUGAAGGUUGAAUGUAAGCCGUAAAAAGAAUCUAUGAGGUGUGUAAGUAAAAUUAUGAAUGGUGAGAAAAUUUGUAGCGAUAACACUAAACAACUUAAGUAAUAAGUUACUACGACGUGUAAAGUCGACUGAUAAAUCAGUAGAUUUUGAACUGCAUGUUAAAAUAAAUAACAAUAUAAAGUUGCAAUGUAAGAACUAGCUACAAUGUUAAUUUAAGUUAAUAAUGAUCAAUGUCAGUGAUAUCUGCUCAAAUUGGCAUAUUUUUUUAUUUAGAGUACGUUUUGAACAUCUACAAAAAAAAAAACAAUUAAAAAAAUAUAAAAAUAAGUAUGACGAUACUUUUAACGUGACAUAUCUAUAUUUAAGAAAUGUGAUAAUUAAUUUAUUUUAAUUUAUAUGUUGCCUCCUUUACUGUAUGUAUGUAAUUUAAGUACAAUUACUUUUAUUCUAAAUGGGACCAAAAUAAAUUUGUAUUAAUUUU